AUGGCGGCCGAAUUGUCCAUUUUAGCAAGUUCGUUUCUGGAGACGAAACCCGAGAGUUAUACAGCCUUUUUUCUUGAAUGCAUAGAAUCAAAACAGCACCUUAAUUUAGAGAAAAUUCCGGAUGGCUGGAUAGGAAAAGUCAAUAGUCUUCUUAAUUCAAAGACUGACUGUUGGUUAGGUGUUUGUCUACUUGGAAUAACAGUUGAACAAUGUGAUACAGAAGCCUUCAGGACAAAUUGUUCAUCAUGGCUAAGAGGUCUUCUCCAGAUAAUUCAGACUUCAAAAAAAUCAAGUGUCCUUCAGUAUUGCAGCAAGAUCCUUGAUAACAUUUUAAAACAUGCAGCAGAGUUUUCAGAAUUAUCAAGAGAGUUGUCUAACUCAGUCCUUCCAUCCAUCAUUUCAACCUUGUUGGCCAACAAAUGUUCAGACGAGAGCUCAGUGUUGUUGAUGCUAUCUUCAUGUAUUCGCUAUUUCCCAGGACCUUCAGGACCCUCCAGGAAUCAAAUUGAGAAAUUUCUUUUACCACCUUUAAAUUCAUUCUGCAAUGAAACAAUGAAGGCUGCAUGCAGUUGCUACGCCUUGUUACCAAGAUGUAGUCGCAGUGGGUCAGGUGACAAGCAACAGCUGUGUCCUUGGAAUAUACAAUGGAACAAAGUGCUUUGUACAAUUCAUAAACUCCUUGAUAGCGCCUAUGAAAAUGUUGAGCCAGUUGCCAACAAACCCUCCCAAGACUCAGAAAAUGAAUCCCUUCCACUUGGUGAUGUUCCAGCCACAGAACCAGACCGAACACACACUCUUAUCACAAGGUUGAAUUCAUUGCUUCACCUCCUCUCAGGAAUGAUAAGGGAAGAACAUCUAAAAGUUGUGGCAGUUCCUAUUGAUUCUACAAUGAACCUUUUGGUGAGAAUAAUGAAUGUGACCUGCAACUCACUGAAAAGUGCUGUUGUUGUGGAAUCAGUGUUGUUGAGAGCAAGUUUACCAUUAAUUCAUACAAAUGCUGUAGAUUUGUUAACCACACUUAUCACAAGGUGUAGAAAUGUGAUGCUUCCAUAUUGUGACUUGUUGAUAAAGCUUCUGGUGCAAGAGCUUACAUGGACUAAAACUCAAGACCCUGCUUAUGGCUUCAACAAACCAUAUAGGAAAUUGAGGUGUUCUGUGUAUCACUGCAUGGAGCACUGGGUUCAACUGACAAAUAGCCUGCCUGAGGAGGGUAGUGUGGUGAACAAAUUGAUGUCACUCAUACUUGAUGACAUUAGGCCAUUAACUUCUCAAACAAAGUUGAUACCAAAUCCUAGCUGUGGAAAUAAACAGCAGUCAAGAAAGGGGAAGAAGAGGAAAAUGCAAGAGGAUGUUGAGCAGUUACUUACAGGUCAACAAAAGAUUGAUGAAAAUGCAAAUGAGAGUGUUACAUGCAGAGCACUCAAAGCCUUAUGUGCAGUAUUGAUUGCAGUUGAAAGUGACAUUCCUCGUGAUGCAUUAAGGGAAGUGCAAGUUGUCAUUGUCAAACUGAUCAUUCAAUGUCAGCAGUCUUCAUUCAAUGGUUUCCCCAUACCUUACACAAGUGCAUAUUGUCGACAGGCAUUGUAUCGUGCUCUACUUAAUUGUCUGCUCACUAACUCUCCUUGUGUUCCACCACCUGUGCAUCAUGCUGCAAGAUUGUUUAGUUUAGGACUGCAGGAUAGUGAUUUUAAGGUAUCAAGUUUCUGCCAAGAGGCCUUAGCUGUAGUUAAUACCAUCAUUCACCCACGGAUAUUCCCACAAGUGUGUUCUGCACCAGGGCCUUUACAGCUUAACACCUCUGAGGAGCAUGCAAAUACAACAGAAAUGGCCUCUUCAAUUACAUUUGAGCAUGUUAUGAAUACAAACUGGCAAAGUCUGAGCGGGGAAUCUGAAAGCAAUAAUGGAAAUCAUGCUGAUUAUUUACAGACAAACCAAAUCCCUAUGGAGCAAGGGGAAUUUGGAGCUAGAGAAGGGGGAAGUAUGGACAACAGUUUUGUUAUAGAUGUCGGGAAUCAAACAGUACAAGAGUCUAUACAGAAUGAAACAUCUUUUAAUCAAUCUGAUAAGUCUUUUACUAGUAAGAGUGAUAGGGAAAGCCAAGGUAACAGUGGAAUAGAUAAAUCACUUGCUGAUGUAGGAAACACAGCCAGCCAGAUCUCAACCCAACCUCAGAACAAUGAGUCAAGUCAAACUGUCUUAUCAGAAACAUUGCCUGAUGAAGACUUUGGACCUUCUCCACAGUAUGCUAGAAUAUUUGAGCCCAAGAGAAGGAAAACUGAUACUGAUAAUUGCAGUUCAAAGGAGAGAAUUUUAAUUAACAACAACAGUACAUUGCCCACAGCAAAUAAAGAUCAACUCACAGAAAGUGUUGCAAAUAGUGAUAAUACCUCCUUAAAUGAGGAGAAUGAAAAUGAUGAAACUGCCCAGAUGUUAGCUGCAUUUGUAGACUCAUACCCAGACUCUGAUGAGCAAGAAUUUUCAUGAGUGUUGCAACCAUGUGCCUCCCUAGAAGACCCAGUUAGGCUAACUGUACCUCUACACAAGAAUCAUAUGUGCAGAAACAGCAGAAUACAUCAGAAACUCAAAUGAAAUUUAAUAAAGGAAGCUGACUUCAGUUUACUACACCAACAGAAUACAUGCUCAAGCUGUGUAAUGGAGCAAAAUUAAAACCUUGAUGACAUUUAGUCAUUAAUUUGUAUAAAGGGAACUCAAAAAAGUAAACUUUUGCUGGAAAUGUAACAGCUUCCUCCUUCACUUCCCAAAAGAAAGGAUUUCCAGCUCACCCCGUUGUAGAUCAUAAGAAUAAUAGCUCGUAAUAUUUUUGACAUUAUUAUUAUUAUUAUCAUUAUCAUCAUUAUUGUUAUUAUUACUACAACCAAGUGCAUCAAAUAAACCACAAAUUAUUUUAUUUAUAUCUCUCCUUCAUCCUAUAACACCACUUGAUAUCUACUUUAAUUUAGUUUACCAGUAAUUUUUUUUACUAUUAUUAGUAAUUUUGAAAUAAUUUUUUUCCUUCUUAUGCCCUUUAGGACACUUUAAUCACAGACUUUCACCAAAACAAACACAGUUACAAGUAGGCACAUUAGAGGGCAUAGUCAAAACAAAAUUUUCUGCAAACAAAACCUGCUACAAUUUUGAGCCAAGAAAUUUUCACAGUUUAACUUUUAAGUUUUAUAAAAUAUGUCAAAACAAAUAAAAACAGGAAUGUCACCGUUUAUUUUAUGAAGGUAUAUUAUCAGUGCCACUUUCCACUUCUUCGUUUUCACUGACAGUCCGUAGUAAAUAUGCAUUAACAGUUCCUUUCUUUCUGUCCACCUCUGAAGCCUUUGUACUUGCCAGAUCAAAUUCUUUUUGUAACUUUAUUGCAAACUGAAGGUCUUGUUCUUCUUGUUUUCUUCUUUCUUCAAGGAAUUGUAGAUUGCUCAUGUUAAAAAUAUCACUAAAUGUAGAACUUGAUGAAAAGAUGGAAUCCUCUUUGUCUUCAGAGGAAUUUUUUC